AUGCUACUUCGUUGGUGUCCGUCCAAUACGAGCGGGCCACGUGACGAUGCUAAAUUCAUUGCGACCUUGGGAACUCGUUCUUUGCUCCAACUCAACUUGGCAACGUUCGAGUACUACGACCAGAAGUCCAAGAAAGGAGGUAUCGAGAAAUACUUAGCAUCGGAGAAGGGUGAAGUGGUGGAUGGCUACAUGGCCCUAGUUAAGACGGCGAAGGGCGAGCUGAUCCAGUUCUAUGUUGAUCAACUUUACGCGGCCAUGAAAGGAUUGGGGACAGAUGAUAACUUGAUCAUCCGUACUCUGAUUUCGCGAUCUGAGUCUUGCUUUCUCAUCACCCAGAUCGAUCUUGCCAACAUCAAGCAGGAAUUCCAUGCCAAGUACGGCACGACCUUGGAGAACUUCGUCAAGGACGACACGAGUUGA